UUCUUUUCUUUUUUCAUUUUUACAAUUUUUCGUUUUUCUCCUCACCCCUCAAUUCCUAGGGGCUUGAGUGACUUUAAGGUUGGGUUUUCUUGGAAAUCACCUGUCCAUCAUUAAUUUUAAGCAAUUUCCCCACCUCCAAAAAAUCUGUUCCUUAUUACAAUUUGGAAUGUGGUUAAUGAAAAACAAGUAGGGAGGAUUUCUGGGGCAAACACUGCUGGAUCAGGAUCGUAGUUCUCAAGCACGGAAUGGCUAGCAUGAGAAACACCAACGGCAGGACCAUCUCAGAUCUUCGUUAUGGCAACUCAUGCAAGGAGCUGUUGAAUUAGACCUGUUUCCUAUAGAUGAGAAAUCGUAUAAGCAGUGGUAUUUAUGAGCCUCCAUUUAUUGUACUACUGCAGUGAACCAACCUUCGAUGUGAAAAUUGCCUUUUGUCAGGUGUGUGUUCCUUACAGGUAAAACAAGGGAUUCCAUAAACAAGUGGAUGUGUCAUAUAUUGCCAAACAUUACAACAUGAGCAAAAGCAAAGUUGACAACCAGUUCUACAGCGUGGAAGUGGGAGACUCAACCUUCACCGUUCUCAAGCGCUACCAGAAUCUAAAGCCUAUUGGCUCUGGCGCUCAGGGAAUAGUUUGUGCUGCGUAUGAUGCUGUUCUGGACAGAAAUGUGGCCAUUAAGAAGCUCAGCAGACCCUUUCAGAACCAAACACAUGCCAAGAGAGCUUACCGGGAGCUGGUCCUCAUGAAGUGUGUGAAUCAUAAAAAUAUUAUUAGUUUAUUAAAUGUCUUCACACCCCAGAAAACACUGGAGGAGUUCCAGGAUGUUUACUUAGUAAUGGAACUGAUGGAUGCCAACUUGUGUCAGGUGAUUCAGAUGGAAUUAGACCAUGAGCGAAUGUCUUACCUGCUAUACCAAAUGUUGUGUGGCAUCAAGCACCUCCACUCUGCUGGCAUUAUUCACAGGGAUUUAAAACCAAGUAACAUUGUCGUGAAGUCUGAUUGUACGUUGAAAAUCCUCGACUUUGGACUGGCCAGGACGGCAGGCACCAGCUUCAUGAUGACUCCUUAUGUGGUGACCCGUUAUUACAGAGCCCCCGAGGUCAUCCUGGGGAUGGGCUACAAGGAGAAUGUGGAUAUAUGGUCUGUGGGAUGCAUUAUGGGAGAAAUGGUUCGCCACAAAAUCCUCUUUCCAGGAAGGGACUAUAUUGACCAGUGGAACAAGGUAAUUGAACAACUAGGAACACCCUGUCCGGAAUUCAUGAAGAAAUUGCAACCCACAGUAAGAAACUAUGUGGAGAAUCGGCCCAAGUAUGCAGGACUCACCUUCCCCAAGCUCUUUCCAGAUUCCCUCUUCCCAGCGGACUCCGAGCACAAUAAACUCAAAGCCAGCCAAGCCAGGGACUUGUUGUCAAAGAUGCUAGUGAUUGACCCAGCAAAAAGGAUAUCUGUGGACGACGCCUUACAGCAUCCAUACAUCAAUGUGUGGUACGACCCUGCCGAAGUGGAGGCGCCUCCACCUCAGAUAUAUGACAAACAGUUGGAUGAAAGAGAACACACCAUUGAAGAAUGGAAAGAACUUAUCUACAAGGAAGUAAUGAAUUCAGAAGAGAAGACUAAAAAUGGUGUUGUAAAAGGACAACCUUCUCCUUCAGGUGCAGCAGUGAACAGCAGUGAGAGUCUCCCUCCAUCCUCGUCCGUCAAUGACAUCUCCUCCAUGUCCACCGAUCAGACCCUGGCAUCUGACACUGACAGCAGCCUGGAAGCCUCGGCGGGACCCCUGGGUUGUUGCAGGUGACUAGCCGCCUGCCUGCGAAACCCAGCGUUCUUCAGGAGAUGAUGUGAUGGAGCACACACACACACACACACACACACGCGCGCAGACACUCAUGCACACACACAAACGCAGACACGCAACGACAAGAAAAAUGGCAAGGGAGAGAAUCCAAGCCUAAAGUUGAAACGAAUCUUUCAGCCUGCUUCUUCUGCAGAGCUCUGUACUGCAGCUCAGCCAAAUGUAUAUGUAACCUCUAGUUGCUCUUGCUUUGGUCUUCUUCCAAUGAUGCUUACUACAGAAAGCAAAUCAAACACAAUUAGAGAAGCCUUUUCCAUAAAGUGUAAUUUUAAUUGCUGCAAAGCCAGCAACCUGUAACUGCCCUUUCAAAUGGCAUGACAAGGUGUGCAGUGGCCCCAUCCAGCAUGUGUGUGUCUCUAUCUUGCAUCUACCUGCUCCUUUUGGCCUAGUCAGAUGGAUGUAGAUACAGAUCCGCAUGUGUCUGUAUUCAUACAGCACCACUUACUUAGAGAUGCUACUGUCAGUGUCCUCAGGGCUCUACCAAGACAUCAUGCACUGGGGUACCACAUGGUCCAUUUCAUGUGAUCUAUUACUCUGACAUAAACCCAUCUGUAAUAUAUUGCCAGUAUAUAAGCUGUUUAGUUUGUUAAUUGAUUAAGCUGUAUGUCUUAUAAGAAAACAUGUAAAGGGGGAAAAUAUGGGGGGAGUGAGCUCUCUCGGACCCUUGAAGAUGUAGCUUCCAAAUUUGAACUGAUUAAAUGGCACCUGUAUACCAAUUUGUAGAAAGCACAUAUGUGAUGCUUAUGUACAGUGCUGGGGCGGGAGGGUGUGACAGUUUCCAGGUACUGAAUGGUUUGGCCUUUAGAAGGAAGGUGGGAAUGAAAGCUGAGGGUCUUCUCUCUGACAGUGAGCAAGUAGGAGAGACUAGAGAGUAGUGGUGCAGAGUGGAGGAAGACCUGAGGAGACUAUUGCCCAGAUACUAGGAGACACCGACAUCCAUAUUUUAGAACGUAGACCCCAUUUGUCAUUUACAAAUCAUGUAUCACAACUGGACAGAGAAUGGCAGGGUUAUUGUGUACAUGUCUGAUGGGAAGAAUACCUCCCUGGAAGAGAGUGGAAUUGCCUCCGUAUGAUGUCCUUAAUAGAAAAUGAGCCUACCUGGACUAUUUUCAGAUUGUGGGUUGUGUUUUCCAUGAGUGUGCUACUUCCCAGGUUUAUUACCCUGCCAAGGUUUUAUGAGAAGAAAUACUACUUUCUUCUCCUGGAAUUAAAAAUAAUUA